CCUCACCGAUACUCCGAUUCAGUAGGAAGCUAGGGUUUUAGAUUGUUCAAUCUCAAAUCUCAAGAGUUUGGAUUUAGCGAAGAAGCAAAAAUGUUUCCAGGAAUGUUCAUGCGUAAACCUGACAAGGCAGCUGCUUUGAAGCAGUUGAAGACCCACGUUGUCCUGUUCGGUACUUGGGUCGCCGUGAUUCGAGUCGCCCCAUACAUCCUCCACUAUUUCUCCGAUCAGAAAGAAGAACUCAACCUGGAAUUCUAGAUUAAAGUUUCGUUUUGCUCUUCUUUCUUCCCAGCUUCUCUCGAGGAAUGGAGGAUCAGAAGGAACGGAGCAAACAUUUAUUUCUUGUCCUUUCAUUACCAUAUAUGUCCCUAUUUUGAAAUUUGUUGACAUGUAACUUGGUUAUGAUCCUAGUUGUUUGAGAUAAAACUUACAGUUCAAGUGAUACAUUUUAUCAACUUGUUUUGUUUAUGUAGGCGUGUUGCUUAAUUGUUCAAAUGCAACCUCGCUAAAAUGCUUGAAUGUGCUAUGCUCUCUUUCAUGGGAGAAACCCAGGACACACAAGUUUCUUCUUGUGUAGAAGAAGUAAAUGUGAUAAAAAAGAAUUG